AAACUCCACAAAAAAAGUGUGAGUUAGCAGUAAAUGGCGUCGCAAGUUGUUUUUUAUUCCGAAUCAAUGUGUUUCUCGCCGUUUUGUGAAAUUGUAAACUGUAUCCACGUUGCCAGUGUGUCAUUUGUUAGUGGCGUGGUUAUUUAAGUGACGAAACCAGCGUAUGUUUUGUUGAUACCAGCUUUGGCUUCUAAACAAUGGCGUCCAGUGGCCCGCUGGAUUCCCAUGUAAAAGUUGGUGAAAAUUGCGAUUAUACUGACGAAUACAUCAGUGGAAAUAGCGAUGCAGACGCCGGCGAAGCCACUAAACGUCGUCGGGUGACGCACGACUAUCGAAAACUUUCGAAACUGGGAUAUGAUCCAACUAUGUCAACCACUUCGAGACAGGGCUCUACAUCGGAACCUAAAGGCAAAAAGCGUAAGCGCAGCGCAGACUCAAACGAGCUCUGUCUCUGGGGAGACAGCGUCAAGCCCGCCAAGCUCACCAAGAUCUGGCCAGUUUUCGACUCCGGAGGGUACGGUGACGCCGCCAUCCUCACUCUCCACGUCCUGCAGAAGACCCCGCCGGUCCACAACCCCCUACUCUUCAAUGAUAGUUUCAGUCUCUCCCCCCUCCAAGAAUUUGGCUUAAACGCCUCUUGGAGGCAGACGCAGCUGAAUAAAAGCUUCCCAAAUGAUGAAGUCACUAGACGAGUCUUCGGCUCCGUCUCAAGACAGCUAAGAAUAAUAAACGCGCAUUUCCACGAAUCCAUGUUCAAAUACAAAUACCCAAGAGUCACUCGACAGAAUGUCUUACUGGAAAACACAGUUAGAAGACCAGCGCAUUACAGCUUGACUAUGAAAGCUAUUCGCUUCCAACCGACUCCGAGACGAGACUUGCCAUGUUAUGGGAACUUGGAGUUACCGUUUAAAGUGAAACAGGAGACGGGGACUGCGCCGCAGAUAUUUACGACCAGCGGCAGAAGUGUUGGUGAUAAAGUGGAUGUUAAAGUGAAAGUGGAGGAUAGGGUCAAAGUGGAGGAUAGGGUUAAAGUGGAAAAGGAGAAGGAGAGAGACAAAGAAAGGGAGAGAGAAAGAUCGUCCCACUCCUCCCGUCACUCGUCGUGCCACCACUGCCGGCGGCGGGCGCGGAUCAAGCGCGCGUCCAUCGGCGUGCAGUGCCGCCGCCCCGCGCCCGCCGCCUCCGCCCCGGCCGUCGUCGUGGACCCCAGAGACGAGAACCCCACACUUAAAGGACUCAAGUACCACAGACUAAUGCGGGUAGACACCCAUCCAAACGGUGGCGCUAGUGUCGUCUAUUUGCACCAGAGGGACGUGGACAUGUUGUCUGCGAGUCAGCAGGAGUCUCUCGCCAAAGAGUUCCUUAAGCUAGUGUUUUCCGAGGACAGCGAAGGUUGGGCGCACCACGUGUGCGGCGUAGUACGAGGCGCGGCCGGUGCCUUCCCUUGCCUACUGCAGUACUUAGCCGACACACAUACAAAUCUCACCGUCAAGGCUGGUGUCUUAGCGAGAGCGUCAGACAUAGAAACUACCACUAUCAGUCGGUAUUACCAGCAGGUGCAACAAUCAUACGCCGCGGGAACGUUUCGCUGCGGCCCCCUACACCAGAUCUCACUGGUCGGCACUGUGCACGAAGAAGUAGGCGGCUACUUUCCGGACAUGCUGAGAAUGCUGGCCGCCAACCCUUUUCUUAAUCUGACAAUGCCGUGGGGCCCGAUGUCGGCAGUGGAGAUGGAGCCCCAAGAGUCCAACGACGGCCCCAUCCUGUGGAUCCGCCCCGGCGAGCAACUCGUGCCCACGGCCGAGCUCGGCAAGAGCCCUAUCAAGAAACGACGGACGGGCAUCAACGAGCUCCGCAACCUGCAGUACCUGCCGCGCUACAGCGAGGCGCGAGAGUUCCUGUUCGAGGACCGCACGCGCGCGCACGCCGACCACGUCGGCCACGGCCUCGACCGCAUCACCACCGCCGCCGUCGGGGUGUUAAAAGCCAUCAACUGCGGCGGCGACGAGGGGCGCGGCCGCAUCACCAAGGACGUGGUCGCGUUCCACGCGGCCGACUUCAACAAGCUCGUUCAACUGCUGCAACUGGACUUGUACGAGCCGCCCAUCUCGCAGUGCGUCACGUGGCUAGAAGAAGCUAAGCUUAACCAACUUCGGCGAGAGGGUGUCCGCUACUCUCGCCUGCCGCUCUGUGACGAUGACAUUUACUUUCUGCCACGGAAUAUUAUACAUCAGUUCCGGACCGUCUCAGCCGUUACUUCUGUUGCGUGGCACCUGCGGCUGAAGCAGUACUACCCCGCCUCCGAGGCCUCCUCGCCCGCCGACGAGCGCCGCGCGGCCGAGGCGCCGCCCGUGCACACUGGUAACACAUCUUAUCAUCCUACAGCCCAACCCAAGAAAUCGUCAACAACUAAACACAUAGUGGGUGUCAUCGAAAUGCGAGCGCUCAGCGCCAAAUUCCAGGAACAACCCGCUUUGAAGAUUGCGGAGAACAGAAAAAGCACAGAAACUCAAACCAAGACCGAAAAAACAGAAGAGAAGAAGGAGAAAAAAGAAUCUAGAGAGAAAGAGAGAGACAGAAUGGAACGGACAGAUGGAACCGCUAAAGUAGAGCGGUCAGACGACAAACACAGAAAGGAUGAGAAGCAUAAAGAACACAAACACGACCAUCAUAGGAGGCACUCGUCGUCAAGUCGACACAAGUCGAGCCAUCACAAGUCCGAGCGUCGGGACAAGUCUAAGGAGCGCAGGAAAGAGAAGGAGCAUAGGAGAGACGAGAAGAAAGAUAAACAUAAGGAGAAGGAGGUUAAACAGGAGAUAGUGAAUCGUGCGCCGGACUAAUAGUGUAGUGGGGGUGCUGAGUUUCAAGCCCUUCGUACAAAGGUAUGUACAAGUAAACUACGGCCACCGGACGUGGAGAGUUUAGUGCAUUGACCUUUUGUUAUCUGCCAAAUGUUGGGCGCCAAUGUAACGUUGUUGUUUAAGGAAAGGAUGCUUAAAUAACAAAUAGCGAAAGUGAAAAGCAAAUUUAAAUACCCUUUGGGCAAGCCGGAGUUAAACGGCGCUUUUUAACUUGUAAAAUAAGGUGCUGAAUUGUCUCAAAUUAUGCAUGCCGGUGGUAACGGAGUUAUAUAAACGCAGUUGUUUUCUAUGGGAUAUAUAAAGUCACUACGCAGAGUAUGGCUGGUAAAAAAAACAUCAUGUACGUAAUAUGUCACAACGAAAUGGGGUUGUUAACUGUCAACGAUUUGCAUAGAUGGCGCCAUCAUAGCUUGCCCCUUUUUCUAUGAGAUUUGGCUUAAAGGGCUGGCAUCCAAGUCACAAAAUUCUAUAAAAAAAGAAUUGACACUAUUCCAUAGUCUAAUAAAACAUGGUCUUCUCUUCCCAGAGUGACACAGGCCUACGUCACAAUAACAUGGCCGCUGUAUAUAGCGCUAAAGCAAAUUAUCAUAUAGCGCUGUCGCAUGAUGACGUAGGCUUGUGUCAGUCAGAUGACCUAGAAAAGACGGGAAGAGAGUACCAGGCGGAGUAUAUUAUUAUACCAUGCACUAUUCUAGGGAUUGACAGGGCAAGCUAUGCUGGCACCAUCUGCAUUGCGACACGAAAUUGUAGCAAAAGGUCAACGUACGACACUCUUAUACCCGGUGGUCGCACUUUAAGGAAAGGGUUGACAACAACUGUAUUCCUAAAAAAAAACUAAUUUUGAUCAUUAAUGUAUAUCACCUUAUACGCAGGGCCUUAAAUAAUUUGUGUGUUAGACUUUUAUUGACUGAUUUUAAUAAUAUAUUUUAAACUGAAGGGUAAAUGUGUACCUUUACCGGGAACUUUCAAACUGUUUCAACAUCGAAGUAGAAUCGAUAUCUGUUACUCUGUUGGUUACUUUCUUGUAGCUCGAAAUGUGUGUUAAAGUCAAUGUUUGGACAUUUUAAAUAAUUUAUUUAAAUAAUACCGCUAUGAGAAAAUCUUUUGGGCAUUGGAAUUGUAUCUAUGUAAUACCUUUAAAGGAGCGAUUCUUGUUUAUAUAUAUUCGGGGAUCUCGGAAACGGCUCUAACGAUUUCGAUGAAAUUUGCUAGCUUAUAGAAUUCGGGGUCGAAAAAUCGAUCUAGCUAGGUCUUAUCUCUGGGAAAACGCGCAUCCUCCGGGUGCCGUCAUCUCUCUCGUCCUUUGGCCUAUAUUAUUAAAAUAUUCAAACAUUGCCUUUAAACUGUUUAAACGUAUAACUUAGCCUAGAGUAACCAUAGCAGUAAUCAAUGACAAUAUACCUAAAGUCCUUGCAGUAAGGUGCAUUUUCCCUCGUGUCCGGGCCUUGUCCUGAGUCCUAGGUAUUAAUGUGUACAUAGUCUAGACUUAAGAGGUCUCCUAGAGGCUAAGAGGUACGAAUGAAAGCGCAGUUCUUUAUUUAAAACCCAGUGAUUUUUCCACUUAUUUAAUCAUUAAACUUAAAUUAUAACGAUGAAAAAAUUAAAAAUAAGUUUUUUGGCGAAAAUAUGGCUUCCAUUUUUUUUUUCACUGCGUCGUGUGAUUUGAAAGAAUUUUACGAAAAUGAUUAUAGUUAUAAAAUUUUAAACAAGAUAAAAAUAUUCACACAAUAUUUCUAAAAGUUGCACUAAGAGUAAAUAUAUAUGCAUAUAAAGCGAAGACGCUUUCCACAUAGAUUUUCGUACACUGACCCGCCUGUUGCUAUCUCUAUUGCGCGCGCAUAACUAUAUUGCUGUCCCGCUCAAGAUGCCAGUUGUAAAUGUCACUGUGCGAGCUUGACACCAAUAUAAUUAUGCGAGUGCAAUAGAGAUAGCAACAGGGUCAAUGUACGAAAAUCUACAUGGAAAGCAUCUCUUCUUUAGAUUAAUUAAGUAGUAGAUCUUAAAGAUGUUUUGUGAUUUUUCUAAUAGUUUAAGUCCACCAUUUUGUAUUGUUGUGGCCACUGCUUUUAAAUUAAAUAAUUAAUUACUGAAAUUACAUAUAAAUAUGUAUAUUUGAGUUAAAUUUCGCUUUUUUUUAAAUUACACAAAUAGUGGUCAUAAGCUAAACUUGUAAAUACAUAAUCAAAAUUUCUGAAAUGUAUUUGACAUAGUGGAAAUGUUUUUUAACAUAUUUCUAGUAACAUCUGUUAUCCUAUUGUUACCGCACCAAUUAAAAUAUUCGCCAAAAUGGGAGCAACUAAAAAAAAAAUACUUUCCAAUUUAGCGUCAUAAAAUAGAUUAUGGGGUGUUUUUCCACCCCUUAGCCGAAAUCGCAUAAAUCAAAGAUGGCCUGUAAAGUUGAUGUGGGGUUUACCUAUUUCCCACAUGAUUUAGAACUUUGUUUCAAGGUGUUAGGGUUCAAUUUCAUAUAAUUUCUGACACUCUUAUGCCUUAUAAAGGGAAAAACAUUUUUUCCUAAGUUGUUCCCUGGUAUAAAUUUGGUGCGGUGCAAAGUGGUGCAAAUACAGUAAUUAAUAGUGAUGCAACGGAUAGUUGUUUGGCCGGAUACCGGCCUGAUCAUUGGCCGAAUAUUCGGUAACCGGCCGGCGGAACUAUACCUAUAUUUCAGUAUUUCAGGUGACCAUUGUGCAGGUUUUGACCUGUUUCGUAGUGAACGUUCGCGCGGACUCAUUUCUUAGAUUCAAUUUGCUUAUUCCGAAAUCGAGCAAAGUUACUAUACGGUAUCCGGCCGGAUAUUUAAAUAAAGGCCGGAUACCGGAUAGUAACCGAUUAUCCGGUGCAUCUCUAGUAAUUAAGUCAAUCUUCUUAGUUGCGUUGUCUCAAACAGAAUGAUAUAAAAAUUCGUACGCUAGCUUUGUUCAAUCAAAUGUUGUGUAUACAUUUUAAAAUCCCGGGAACAUUUUUAACACUAAAAGGAUACAAAGCAUGAAGAAAUUCGUACAUCGACCUGCCGUUUCCUAUCUCUAUCGCACGCGCGUAAUUAUAUUGCUGUCUCGCGAAUGAUGCCGACGGUCGACGCCAUUGCGAGCGGGUCGGCUAUGUAAUUAUGUGCGCGCGACAGAGAUAGGAAAUCGCUGGUAUGUAUCCUUAUUUUAGCAUCUACAUACAAGAAAAAUGUAAAAUUUAACCUUUUCAAUGCCAAUGACCGAUAUAUCCGCACCGCAGGUCCAACGCUAAAGACGGAUCGGUCACAGACCACAGAGCAACAUAGAUCUACGUGCAUAUGCAUAAAGUUCAAUAUCAAUUUUGACACUUCGGUGACGUGGCGUCCGAGUGACAGCGUUUUGUGUCUGACACGGCGUCGAAAAGGUUAAAAUUUGUUUUAGAAACAGUUGUGUUAAAAUUGUAAAAGCUCGCGUACGCUACCCGAUAUGUUUUACGUUAGUUAAAGAUACAGUAUUAUUAAAGAAUAGUGAAGUAUAGUAACCGACCGCACCCCCUUGCCUCUUACGCUGCUACGAGUAUACAAAAUUGGCACAGAAUGUAUAGAGAGCCUGUCCAAACGAUCUGUUAUUUAGAGCAACCCACACUAG